AAUAUAAAUUUUUUUAUCAGUAAAUUAUUGUUAAUCUAAGAAUAUAUUUUCAUUUAAUCAUCCUGAUGCCGGGAACAUUGGAAAAAGCGAUAGAACUUGUUAACAAAGCAACACUUGAAGAUAAGGCAGGAAACUUUGAAGAAGCAUUAAGACUUUAUGAGUCAGCUGUAGAAUAUUUUUUGCAUGUUCUCAAGUAUGAGGCAGCAAAUGAUAAAGCAAAACAAAGUGUGCGGUCAAAGUGUUCACAGUAUUUGGAGCGAGCAGAAAAGUUGAAAAAAUAUCUAGCUGCGAAAGACCAGGCUUCUACGAAUAAGAAACCAGAAAAGGCACAGGGUGGAAACAAUUCUGAUGAUGACGAUGACAUUGAAAAAAAGAAAUUCCGAAACCAACUAGGUGGAGCAAUUGUAGUAGAAAAGCCAGAUAUCAAAUGGUCUGAUGUAGCUGGAUUACAACAAGCUAAGGAAUCACUCAAGGAGGCUGUUAUAAUGCCGAUUAAAUUCCCCCACCUUUUCAAGGGCAAGCGUACACCAUGGAGAGGUAUAUUAUUGUUUGGUCCUCCUGGUACUGGUAAAUCAUAUCUUGCAAAGGCUGUAGCUACUGAAGCUAAUAAUUCUACAUUUUUAUCAGUGUCUUCUUCUGAUCUUGUAUCAAAAUGGCUGGGAGAAAGUGAAAAGUUGGUAAAGGCAUUGUUUCAAUUGGCACGAGAAAACAAACCUUCGAUUAUAUUCAUAGAUGAAGUUGAUUCAUUAUGUGGUUCCCGAAGCGAAAAUGAAAGUGAGGCAGCUCGGAGGAUCAAGACAGAGUUUCUUGUGCAAAUGCAAGGCGUUGGAGUGGAUAACUCUGAUGUUCUUGUUCUUGGUGCGACUAACAUCCCCUGGACUUUGGACUCUGCUAUUCGCCGUCGAUUUGAAAAAAGAAUCUACAUCCCUUUACCAGAAGCACCUGCCCGCCUUACCAUGUUCAAACUCCAUUUGGGGGAUACUCUAACCACAUUAACUGAUAAAGAUUUCAAGUAUUUAGCGGAACAAACAAAAGGUUAUUCUGGUGCAGAUAUCAGUAUUGUUGUACGAGAAGCCCUUCUGAAUCCGAUAAGGAAAAUCCAGCAAGCAACUCACUUCAAAAGAAUAAGAGGCCCAUCGCAGGAUGAUGCCAAUAUUAUUGUAGAUGAUCUUCUGGUUCCAUGCUCACCUGGAGAGAAUGGAGCGAUAGAAAUGUCAUGGAGUGAUGUACCGGGAGACAAGAUGUGUGAACCCAAAGUAUGCAUGCAAGAUAUGUUAUCUGCUAUCGCUAAUGUGAGACCCACCGUAAGUGAGGAUGACAUGAAACAACUACGAGAGUUUACGCAAUCUUUUGGCGUAGAAGGUUGAGAGUUUCACUCGAAGAAUAAGUAUAUAUAUAUAUAUAUAUGAUGCGGCAUGGUCAAACUCGACUUUCAUCGAGCACAAUGGUUCAUGCAGUCAAAAUGUUGGACAGCACAACUUAAUUUUUUCGCUUGAUAUGAGUGAGCUGAAAUGUAAAAAAUUUUAAGAUGUGUACUUGAAUGUUUUUAAACCCAGGAUAUUUCAUGAAAUGGAAAAAACUAUUGUUAUUUUGACAUGCACUAAUAUUAAAUUACGCUGACAUAUUAAAAAGAAAUUUAUUGUAGCCAGCUUUUUUCUCUAUCACUUUCUUAGUUCAAUCUGUAGCUUGUCCACCUAAUCGUAUAUCAUUCAGUUAAUGUUUUUGUUUUUCUAUAUGUUUGAUGGGUCAUAUUGAUUUCUGCGCAGCAUAAGUAAAUGUUGAAGAAUAUCAUCCCGGGGUUUUAUUUGGAUAAAUAGUCUCCAUUGCUUGUUUUGCCUUUAAAUUGCUUUGUCAAGUUUCUUAAACCAAGCCAGAUUUUAAAGGGAUUACUAGGUUUUGGUGACAAAAUCUGAAAAAUUCAGUUGUUUUCAAAGAUGUUGAAUACAACUUUGUAAUGAGUGGAAGAGCAUUUUUGCUGAAAACCAGUCAAUAUGAAGUAAAAAUAUUUUCAUGAAGAUUAUCAAAUAGUGUGAAACAUUGACUGAAUUCUUCACUUUAUUUUUGUGUGUGCUUUUGUUUUUUACUGAUUUAGUAAAGAUUGAUUUUGUUUACUUGUAAAAACUUACUGCUUUGACCAUUGACUUCUGGAACUUUAUUCGCACUUAAUUUCUUUAUUGUGUUCAUGGAAAAGUGAGUUAAAAAACACAAUCAUUCAUAGAUGGACUCGCCAGUACACGAAAUAUAAAUGGAACUCGAAUUUAAAAUUAAGUACUAUGCCAAAUUGAAAAAAAAAACCUUCCGUUUUAGUGUAGUCUAUCUGGCAUUCUGAUGAGUUUAGACUGGGAGUGUGCAAACUGUGGGCCAAAUGCGUCCCAUAGAAAAAAAUAUGCGGCCCGCGGAGUAGUGCCAACUUUGAAUCGCGUGCGCCCGCGAAGCGAGUUUUUAUUUUAGUUCAACCUGAUAGGUGUGAAUAAUUCCAACCUCUGCAUUACAAACACUAGAUGAGUCCAAUUGUUAUCUAUGACGUUACAAUGCCCCAAAUUUUUAUGCCACUAGAACGCCUGUGUUAAAUAAAGAAGCGGCACACAGUGUCAUCAGGUUAGUUGUAUCUGACCCUCCUGUAUUGAAGGUUGCACACCCCUGGUUUAGACAAUUGAAAUGGAUUUUCUUCACGGAGUGGUAAAAUUUGAUUGUACAGAUACCUGCAAUUACUGUACUACUGUUUUUUAGGCUGGGAAACUGUACCUUAAGACAAGUAUAUAGUUUCUUCCAUAAAUAGUCUUUUCAUUUGUAUAAAGAUUGACUUUCGUUCACAGAUAUUUAGUAUGGUAUAUAAUAAUAAUUACAUACUAAUGUUUAUGCAACUGUCUGUCAAUUUUCUUUGCUUAUCCAUACUGGGAAGCUAAUUUAUUUGCUAUGAUGUUGGUCUGCUGCUUUUUUACAGGUUAUUUUCCGGGUCAUUUCAAAUCGUAUUCUUCACCAUUGCCGCAUACCUUGAUCUUUAACCACUAUGUUAGUUAUAUUUUUCAAAUACAUUUGAGAUAUGCCUACCUGGUCAAAUUCUGUUGACGAUCUUAACAGUGAUAAUAUAUAUCCUUUCGUAUAUAACUGGAAAGUUGAAACAUUUCCUUAUACUUGGACCCAAUAAUAGACCAUAUGUUGUCAUGUUCAUACAAUCUGCUUUUCAUCAGUGAUAGCUUGGGUUCUUCGAAUUGACCACAGUAGAUGCUGGGUAGAUGACGCAUCACAAUUUCUCCCAAUAGGUUGCUCAACAAUGAUGGAUUUAAAACGAAUGUACACAUUCACAACUUAGACCAGAGAAUAAAAUAGGUGUCCUAAUAUUUAUCGACCUUAUAUGACCAAACAGUGCUUUCAAUGUGCUUGGUGUUUUGGUAAAUUGAGCAGUUCAUGCUCGAGAUGCAUGUACUUAGGUGGCAGUUACGUAGGCAGGCGUUCACUACGGUUUUGAACCUCCGCAGGUCAAUUAUAAGUGCAAGUGUACUCCUACGUAGGGUUGCCGACUUUCUGUUGAACCAUUUCGGGACACCAUAACGUCGAGAAUUUGAAAAUUGAUGCAAAAGAAGCUUGUGAAACAAGAAAGACGUCAAAGAGUGAUGAUUGUGCGGCGUGAUUUUCGCAAACUCGUGUAAAUAAUUUUAUCAUAUAUUCAAAGAAAGAAAUGAAAUGUUGACUGUUGUUUGAGCGUAAAUAUAUACUACUAUGGGUUUGAGUCAUAAAUGCAAAAACAUGGAAAACGUACAAUUUGUGCCAAGUAGAUUUUAUUAUUUAACAAAAACACA